AUGGCUAGACAAAUCUUUAGUGAGCCUCCGCAGGCUUUCCUGCACACAUUGUCAACUGCGGAUGGGUCGGCUACGUAUACGGCGCCCGGCAACGCGCACAAAAUCAUCGCUGGUGUCAACUAUCCAGUGGAUGUGCCUUACAGAAACGACGAAAUUCCCGAAUCGACUGUGAUUGAAAUCAACAUCCGUCCGCACAAUGGAGUGACCAUGGUCAAAGAGCGCCAUGUGGAGGAGCUUGUCAAGCGUACACUCGAGUCCUUGGUUCUAGGACAGGAAUCUCCACGGACUAUGUUGCAAGUCACCCUGCAAGUGGUGGGUGUUGAGAGUGACGAAAGCCUGCCAGGAGGCGUCAAGGAAGGUGGUCAAGGAGAAUCUUAUCUCGCUAUUUUGGCAUCUGCUAUCAACGCUAGUAUUCUGGGUUGCAUUGAUGCUGGUGUUCAGUUACGAUCAAUCGCAGGAGCUGCACUGGUUGGCGUGGGUGCAGACGGCCAGCUCUUUCCUCAUCCAAACGUUGGACAGAGAAAGAUGUGUACCAGCCUCCAUGUUUUUGCCGUCACUAGCGACGGCAAAACCAUCCUCAUGGAAAGCGAAGGUCGAUUCCACAUGUCGGAAUGGACGAGUGCAUCAGAAGCUGCUAGCAGGGCGGUUCUGGGACAAACCAGCGUGGAUAAAUCAACAAAUGUCAACAAUGCCAACGGGGACGUUUCCAUGUUUGGAAGUGAUACAAACCCUGGAGACUCGGCUAUCUCUGUGACAGAGAUUAUGCGGAAAUCUCUAGAAGAGAGAGUGAUUAAGGAUGAAAGAUGGCGACAGGACUGAAAACAUUCUAGUUUCACAUGACCAUGGGACAUGCUGAGACACAUCCACAUCACCAAAGUGGGCGGCUGAUAAGCAUCAAACAACGGCGGGUUCCUGGUGGUGCCGGGGGCAGCGGGAGUUCGCACAGGGGCGAAUAUUGGAGGUUCACUCGGUGUUGUUAUCAGGGCUCCAACGGAGCUGGAACAUGUACCAUCAACAAUAAUAGGGUGCUAAGGGUGUCACGGGUGCCUAUGGUCGAUCCCGGCGAAGGGCCGAAGGGCUGGAAGCUUAGCCAGCUUUAGCCUGAGAUUGGCCCCCUCGGCCCAUUGGACCCCCCGAAUGCCCCCACGAGUCCCCAACGCACGUGUACAGUCUCAACCUCACAACAGGAUAUGUUGAACGAGCGACAUGAGCGGUCAUGGGCAGCCUGGGCAGCGCAUGUUGCAACGAGUCAAGUGGGACGAGGGGGACUUUUAGUUGUUGGGUCUGAACUUCUCCUGUUCCUGAACUCCAGACUUGGUCCUCAUCCACUCUCGAGAAAGGAGUACGGAUCCUAUGGACCCAUGGUAGGUAUCUUGCAAGUGUACGCGAAGGCAUCAACAGAAUAAAUACCCUAGGCCGCCGUGGACAUGUUGAAUAUGGAAGAUCUUCUAGGACGGAGGAUUCUCAGAUAAGUCAUAAGUCUUUCAAGAAACAAGGAGCAGC